UCCCAACCUUGAAUUCAGAGUUGCCUCCACCACCCCCACCGUCCAUCCGUGCGGAGCCACUUCACAUAAUGAAUACCGCACUCCGACUCCAUCCACUACUUCUCCGUCCGCCCCCGCAUUUCUCAUCACGAAGCCUCAAUGCCCGCCGAUCCAGCCUCCUUCACCUUCUCCUACAAUCCUCCUAUUCAACAGUCUCAACACCAACACCACCGCUCCCAAAGCCGAACCGGGACCACCCCCCCCCCCCAUUAAACCGCCCCAUAGGCCUCCCAUACCCACCGGAACCCCUCCUGCCGAGCCCUAACAUCAGCGCAACAGGAAAAAACGGCUUCCGCACCCUUAACCAGAUCUACACAGACCUCCGCGACCCGGGACGAAACCUUGCGAAGCGGCGACACCUAACGAAGGAGCUGGCGAAGCCCUACUUCCGUGAUAUCAGUCGUCUGUCCGUAACGGAUAAGGGGAAGUCGUUCAUUGCGCCACAGAGAUUGUUCAAGAGCGAGCGUGCGCUUUGGUUCCCGAACUUGAAUGGCCGGACGCUUGUCGCGGCGGGGAAGGAUACUACGGGUGUGCUGAGGGGUAGAGUGUCGAUUGUUGCGGUAUUUUCCGGCACGUGGGCGGAAAGGCAGGUUGAGCUUUGGGGGCUUGAUGAGGUUGCGGGUAUGGCACGGGAGGCGGGAGGGGAGGAGGGGGUGGUGGGGAGGAUGGAUAUCAAUGUUGAGGAGAACUUGCUCAGGUAUUGCAUUGUUAUGAUGUUUCGGGGGAGACUUAUGAGGAGGAUGGAGGAGUCGCGCUGGGGGAGAUACUUCAUUAUUAAGGAAGGAUUGGGUGAUGAAACACGGGAUCAGAUGGGAUAUCAUAAUUCUAAGGUUGGGUAUGUGUAUUUGCUGGACGAGGAGUGUAGGAUUCGAUGGGCAGGGUCUGGGCCUCCUAUGGCAUUGGAGAGGGCCGCUUUGAUUAGGGGGGUUAAGAAGCUGGUUGCUGAUUCGAAAAGGAAGCCCGGUGGAGUGAGGGCUGGUGGGAAAGAAGGAGAGGGGGUAAAUAUGGGAAAGACAUAG